UGGCACCGAUGUUGAUAAAAUAGCCACAAACUACAGCCACACAAGCUCUUCAACAUUUAAUUCAUGCAUGUAGUCUGUUCUUUGUUUGAUGCUAGCUCUUGUUUGGCUUCUUCAUUAGGCAGAGAGUUACCAAGACAGACUGCGUGUGUGAUCAAAACAAACAAACAAAAAAAGAGAGAAACAAACUAAUGGCUGACGCUGUUGUGGGUUUUCUUAUCCAGAAACUUGGUGAUCUGUUAGGGCAAGAAGGCAGCAAUUUGCAUGGAGUGGAAGAUCAAGUGAAGUGGUUGAAACGAGAACUGGAGAGAAUGCAGUGCUUCUUAAAGGAUGCAGAUGCAAAGAAGAACAAGGGAGAUGAUGAAAGGGUCAAGUACUGGGUCACGGAAAUGAGAGAUCUGGCUUUUGAAGCUGAGGACAUCAUUGACGAGUUCAUAGAUUUAAAGCUCCGUCGUUCCCUUGGUUAUGAAGCAGAGGACGUCAUUGACACUUCCAGGGAUUUCAAUCACCGUGGUUUUCUUGACACUUUCAUGCAUUUCAAUCACCGUGGUUUUCUUGGCACUUUCAUGGAUUUCAAUCCCCGUGGUAUUCUUAGUAAUAUUCGUAAUAUCUUCAAAAGUAAUGUCUCCAAGCGACGGAAGAUUGGUAUGGAUAUUGAUGGGAUAAAAAAUAAGUUGCAGGAGCUAUCUAAAAGUAGAAUAUUAUAUGGCAUUGCUGAUAUAGGCGAAACAACUGGCACAACUAAGUCACUCUAGAAGUCAAGAUGUGAUCCCUAUAUUGCCCCAACUGAAUAAUGACAUUGAUAUGGUUGGCUUUGAUGAUGACAAGAAAAAAAUUGUGCAAGAGUUGGUCGACAUAAGCAAAAAACAUCGGUCAGUGAUGUCUAUAGUCGGUAUGGGUGGUCUUGGAAAGACCACACUUGCUAAAUCCAUUUAUAAAGAUCUUGAAGUCAAGAGAAGUUUUAAUAUAUUUGCAUGGGUGAUUAUAUCUCAAGAAUAUACCAUCCAUGAGAUUUUGAAGAGAAUCUCAACAGAAGUUUCAGCAACUCCAUCAGCCAAUACAAUCCGUGACCUCUCGGUUGCUAUUUUUGAAAAAUUGAAGAAAGGCAAGUACUUGAUCAUUCUUGAUGAUGUUUGGAAAGAAGAUGCAUGGACUGAAUUACUAAAGGUCUUUCCGGAUGUUAAUAAUGGAAACAGAGUUAUUAUCACCACUCGCUUCGUAAAUGUUGCUAAGAUUGCAAAUCCUACCAUCAAGCCACAUGAAUUGCGUUGCUUAGAUGAAAGGGAGAGUCGGGAGUUGUUUCUUCGCAAGGUCUUCCCAAAUCAAAAUACUGAAACAUGUUGCCCAACAUAUUUGGUUGAUUAUGCUCAUCAACUUGUUCAAAGGUGUGGGGGUCUACCACUAGCACUAGUAGUUCUUGGAGGACUUGUCUCAACGAAACCACAAACCCAAGAUGCAUGGCGAAAAGUUGUUGAGAGCAUGAAAGGGCAAUUUGUGGAAGGUGGAGAAAAGUGUUUAGAAAUAAUUGCAUUGAGUUAUAAUGAUUUGUCAUAUUACUUGAAAUCAUGUUUUCUUUAUUUUGGUUGCUGCAAAGAGGACAUGACUAUUGUUGCAAAAACAUUAAUUAGAUUGUGGUCAACAGAAGGUUUCUUACCAGUGAAAAAUGGUAAAACCACAGAAGAAGUUGGAUUGGAUUGUCUGGAGGAUUUGGCACAAAGAUGCAUGGUCCAAAUUACUGGCCGGGAAUAUGAUGGCAGUGCAAAUUAUUGCCGAAUCCAUGAUGUCUUGCGUGAUGUGUGCAUUAGGGAAACCAAAGAGAACAGAUAUUUUGAAAUCUACAAGACUAAUGAUACUGUAGAUUAUGUGACAAUGUCAAAUGCAGCCCAACGACUAGUCAUAUGUAAUGAGAUUGACAUUCUAAACUAUUCUAACUCAAUGUUGCGGGGUCUUUUCUACGGUGUCGAAGGAUUAGAUAAUCAUCCGGCUUUCAGUGCUUUGAAAGAACAGCUUGGCAGAUUUAAAUUAUUAAGAGUGCUUUGUUUGCAUACUUCGGGUAUCUCAGAAUUUCCAAGUGAAAUCAAAUCAUUAAUUCAUUUAAGAUAUCUUGAGUUCGGUUAUGAUGUGAAUCUGAAGGAAGUUCCAUCAUGUAUUGGUUAUCUCCGCAAUCUCCAGACUUUAAAUCUUUUUAAUGGUAAUAGUUUAGAAAAGAUAUCAGAUUCACUCUGGACAAUUGACACUCUCAGGCAUGUUUAUCUACCAAGUACAUCAAGGGUUCCUCCUCCAAAUAUGAGAAAUACUGUACCAAAGAAUUUGUAGACUUUGAAAGGGGUAACUGCUGGAUUAUGGAUAGGGAAUACACUUCCAAGGCUCACAAACCUUUGCAAAUUGCGAAUUAAAAUAGUCUCUAAUGAUCAUGCCGAUGCCCUAUCUUCAUCACUCCAGAAAUUGGGUCUUCUUGCCUCCUUAUACAUAAGUGGAGAUGAAAUUCCUUCGGACAACAUCAUUACAGCCUUUUCCAAUCAACACUGCCUCAAGAAAUUGGUUCUUUGGGGAAGUUUGAACCGCAAACAGCUUCCACACAAUGAUGUAUUUCCUCAACAACUAGUGAAACUAUAUCUGGAAUAUUCUGGAUUAGAGCAAGACCCAAUGGCAACACUAGAGAAGUUGCCAUGUCUCAAAUAUCUACUACUCUAUAAGUCAUAUACAGGCAAACAGAUGAUAUGUUCGGCAACUGUUAUCCUUGCACAUUACGUAUCUUGAGGAACUUGAGGAGUGGAAGAUAGAGGAAAAGGCAAUGUCAUGCCUCAAGUCUUUGUGGGUCCGUGGAUGUGGAGAAUUGAAGAUGAUUCCAGAAGGACUGAAGAAUGUGCCACUUGAUCAAUUGAAGUUUUCAGGUAUGUCUGAAGAAUUACAAACUAGGAUUAAGGAGAAUACAGGAGAAGACUGGUACAAGAUACGACAUGUGCCCAACAUCUCCAUUUAUUAACAAUAUUAAGAUAAAGAAACUGAUGAAGAAAUUGCUGAAGAAAUUAAUAAUAUAUAGGGCUGUGUGAGUGAGGAGUGCUUUUGGACUUCAAAGGAGCUCCAUAUUAAGUCAGCAACCAAGGAAGCAUACAUGAAGUUUCUUAUAUAUGAACUCUACUUCAAUAAUUGAUGUUUGUGUGGAUGUAUGUGAUUUUAUUCUAUUCAUGUAAUGUUAUUUGGGUUUGAUACUUUGUGGUUAUAUGCCCAGACAUGUAUGUGUGUGUAUUUGUGAUUUUAUUUUGUAACGUA